CUUCUUUUGACCCUUCUUUCAACUGAUGCUUUCUAGGAAUAACGCAAACAGGAACGGUAGGUGGGAAGGGGUGAGACACAAUAAGUUCCUUAUGUAGAAGUAGAGACCAAGAAAAAAUGGACGAGGAAGAGAUUCAUAUCGCAGUAGGGAAGAACUUCAGAAAGGAGAAGGCUAACAUCCUAUGGGCUGCUGCAAGGUUCGCAAGGGCCACUAUAGUUCUUGUUCAUGUUCACUGGCCUUCCAAGUGGAUGCCCUUCAUGGGUAGCAAAGUUUUAUACAAGUUUGCAGAUGAAAAGGAGAAGGAGAUGCAUAGAACCAAAGAAACGGACGCUAUGGUCAAGAUGUUAUCACGAUACAAAAACCUUUGUGGCACAAGAAAGGUUAGGGUACAUUACCUUUCACAUGAUGAUGUUCUUGCUGGUGUUGUAAACCUGAUAAAGAAGCUCAAAAUUAAGAGAAUUGUCAUCGGUUCAAGGAGCAUGUCAAAGGAAGCGAUGCUUCUUAAAUGCUGUCAGGUUUGGGUGGUUAUCAAUGGAAAACACAUGUCUACUAGCAAUGAUCAUCUGGAGCAUACUGGAAGCAUUGGGUAUGGGGGGAGCCCUGAAUCCUUGGCAUCUAUACAUGAGCUGAGUGAUGAUUCGAAUGGAUACAUAACACCCCCAAGUGAUUUUGCAGAUGAAAUAAUUUAUGACGAUGGGAUUACUCAAAUGGACGGUACUGAUGAAUUAGCAAUGUGUGGUGUGCAGGAAGCUGAAGCAGAGGAAGAGGAAAUCAUAGAAACAGGGGAACAGAUUUCUUACGAGGAGGUGGAGCAGUUUCCCCAAGAGAUUGCUCACCAAACUGAUGAGAUACAGAGUUUCAGAAGUGUAUCUGAAAGAGCUGAAGAACUGAUGGAAGAAAUAGACAAACUCCAAAGGAAACUGAAAGAGCUGCAAGAGGAGGAUCAUGGCAUCUUGUCACCUAGGCAAAAGCUGGGUGCUGCUUCAUCACUGAAGAAGGAGAAGAGCCUAUCAACACCACCAAGAUACCCAGAGCUGCAACUUCCAGAACAUAUCGCACGCCUGUCCAUGGCAAAGAUAAGCGAAGCAACGGAGAACUUCAACUCAAGGAAUCUGAUAGGUGAAGGAGGCUACGGUCCAGUGUACAGGGGGAAACUAGGUGGCGUGGCGGUGGCCAUCAAGCUGCUGAGACCCCAUCCCCAUGGCGGCAAACAAGGCUUCCCGGAGUACAAGCAGGAGGUAAUGGUGCUGAGUAGAGUGAAGCAUCCGCACAUUGUGAAGCUGAUGGGAGUGUGCCCGGAGACAUGCUGCCUGGUGUACGAGCACCUCCCAAAUGGCAGCCUCCUCGACAGCCUCGCCAAGCGGCCCAAGCCCCAGCCCCUCUCGUGGAAGGACCGCGUCAGGAUCCUCGCCGAGCAGCGCUCCGCACUCGCCUACCUCCACUCCUGCCGCCCCCACGCCAUCAUCCACGCCGACCUCAAGCUCACCAACAUCCUCCUCGACGCCGCCAAUGGCAGCCGCCUUGGCGACUUCGGCACGGCGCGCACGGUGCACGUGAAGCCGCUGCAGGAUGAGGAGGACACCAUCUGCCGCCGCACCAACCCCAUGGGCACCACGGGUUACAUGGACCCCCUCUUCUUCAUCACCGGCGAGCUCACCGCGGAGUCCGACGUCUACGCCUUCGGCGUCGUCAUCCUCCAGGUGCUCACCGGCCUCCCCCACGUCAACAUCGCCGAACAGGUGCGCGAGGCCAUCAGGAUGGACGCCGUGCACUGCGUGCUGGACGCCUCCGCCGGGAGCUGGCCGGAGGUGCAGGCCGACAAGCUGCUCCGGCUGGCGCUGCGGUGCUGCAGCCUGGAGCGGAAGCGGCGGCCGGCGAUCACGUGCGACGCAGAGUGGAGAUCGCUUGACAUUUUGCAGCGCAUGGCAAAGGCACAAACCAAAUCUUGGAAACGGACUCCCCAUGGAUGCGGAAGCUAACAAACAUCUCUCGCUCCUUUUCUUUUCUUUUUUUUUCUUGGAUUAAUUAGCGUGCGUGUACAUACACCCAGUCACUGACGCUGGUGUGACGAGCCUAGGAUACGUGACAGAGUUAUUUUGCCACGUCACUAACUCAUGCGCGAUCAAAAAGUUCGUCUGAUAAAAGUAUUAUUUUAUAAGGUUUAGUUAAAAUAUUAUUUAUUAGAAAAACACUAGCACAGUAUACGCUAUCUGUGAUGGACGUAAAAAUACAUUUAGUAUAAUAUAUGCUAUCUGUG